UGCAAACCCAACUUCACUUCAAUUUCUCCAACGUCAUGCACUCAUGGCCUUUAAAUUCACCCCCUCUGCACCUCCUCUUCUCAUUUUUUACUUGCUACCAACAAACCAUACACUCUUAUCAACUUAGGCAUGGUUUGCAUUCCUAAGGACUUGUCGAAAACCCGAAAACAGGUCAUGGAGGAGUUUGAGAUUUCCAGCAGGAAAAGAAAGCGCGAGGUUGAGCUUGAGCAGCCUGGUGAGGCUGUUGAAAGGCCUUGCAAGGAGAGGAACCUGAUGAAACCCAUGUUUGAUAUCAAGAAGUCGCUCCGCGAGGCUCCCUUGCCUUUGGAGUGGCAGCGGUGUCUUGAUAUUAAGUCAGGUCAGCUAUACUUCUACAACACAAAGACUCAUAAGAGGACAUAUAGUGAUCCCAGGAUGAGCACCGAGCCGCCUCCUGAUUCCGGCUGCAUGAGCUUAGACCUUAAACUCAACCUGAAUUAUGGUUCAGCUGGAAAAAAACAUGAUGAUGACAAUCACAGCUCCAGCAAAACCUCCAGACCAUCCGAUGAUCUGUUCGUGGACUUGCACGGGGACAAUUUCACGAGCAGUCUCAAACGAUAUCCGUCGUGGUUGACAAUCGAAGGGGAUCAGAGGGAAAUGGUGACUGCAGUGUGCAAGAAGUGUCACAUGCUGGUGAUCAUGUGCAAGUCUUAUCCAACAUGUCCCAACUGCAAAUUUGUGCAUCCACAAAACUAAAAGACUCUUUCGAGCCUUGUUCUUAGGAGCUGCAGAGGCAUUGCAGGGGAUAUAAACUAGUUCUAAGGCUCCAUGCAUCUUGAUCAUGAAGAGAUAUAAACAGAGGAAGUCUACUAUAAUUAUGUAAUUAAAUGUACUAGCACUACUAGUAUUUGCAGGAUAUAAAAAUAAAUUUUGUAAAUGUUGUGCUACUCUGCUAAGGAAUAGUUAGUUUACUAUAAUUUGAUGCCCCUGUGAUCUAAUUGAAUUAAUUUCGACUCGGGCCAUAUUUAACUUA